GUAAAGUUACAUAACACAUUUUGACGUUCUACGAGGCUAUUUGCAGGACUAGGCAUUUGAUGUUACUUCCUAACCGCAUGCAAACCAAACUUAGGUGUCUCAAAUGAGGGGUUCUGGAUGAGGAGGUUCGUAAAGAAAGUCUCACGAUCCCUGACAUUGAGCAUAUUCAGGGUCUGGAAGUUAAUGUGUAACGAACAAAUCAGAUGGCGGAAAUAGCAAAGAAAACAAGGUACUACUCCACCUCACACCAUCGGCAUAAUCCAUGUACCUAGGUAAUCGUCGCAGGAAAAACACGAAGUUGUACUUUAUUUGUCCGGCUUGAUAUUACGUGCCCUGCUUCAAGGCAAGUGGAGGGUCUCCGAGUGGGUGCCGGCCUAGCCGACAAGUUUCAACAUCGGCCGUAGAUCCACAUAAUCGAUGUCAUGGCUACCUAGCUAGAAGACUGAAAGCUUGUGAUGGAAGAAGCCACCACCAAGGCUGCAUAUGCACCUAGUAACGUAGUUCUAUCGUACCUAGGUAGACAACGCAAUCUAUCACAACCAAAUAAAUCAACACCAAAACAAAAUCAGCAACCAUGUUCGGAUUCGACGACGCCAAGAGCCAACGUGACGAGAUAUACGAUGGUCAGCCUCACGAGUCAAAGAUUUCCCACGAGCUUAUCGGCGGCGGUGCUGCCUUUGAAGCCAUGAAGCUUUUCGAGGACCGACAACGCAAGGAAGGCAAGACAGUAAACCACGCUUUCGCCAAGGAGGUCCUAGCAGGCAUUGCGGGCGCCGAGGUCGACAAGCUAUUUGAGACCAAGGGUCUAGACUACAUUGACCGCGAGAAGGCAAAGCACCACGCUAAGAAGCAAGCCGAGGAGCUGUACAACAGCCAGUACGGUGGACGAGACGAAUAUGACCCCAACGUUGAGCGACACCCCGCUCUCGACUACUAGAUCUGAGAUAUCGACAUGUUCGGGUUGCGGGUGCAGGGCGCCAGGAACCAGGGGUUGAUACCUAGUUGGUAGCGGUGACUAUAUAAA